UCAGCGGCUGGUGAUGGUGGCGGCCUCUCGUCAGACUAGCAGCAGCAGCAGGAAGAAGAAGAAGGGAUGUUUGCAUCCAGUGAAAGGAUAACAUCACUUGUGUACGAGCUUUUAUAAAUUGAAAAAAAAGAUAUUAAAACCACCGAAGAGUCUUAUCUGGCUGAGUCCUCUGGGAUUGAGCCGUCUCUGUGUGGAGCUGAAACAGGGGGAGAAGAUGUCCCUCUUCCAGUCGGCGCUGGAUUUCCUCGCCGGGCCCGGCUCGUCUGGAGCGGCCAGCCGGGACCAGAAUGACUUCGUCGGACAACUAGUCGAGCUCGGUGACAUGAAGCUAAGGAUCAAGAGGGUGAUCGCGGAAGGUGGGUUUGCCUUUGUGUAUGAAGCUCAGGACAUGGGCAGCGGUAAAGACUACGCCCUCAAGAGGCUGCUGUCCAACGAAGAAGAGAAGAACAAGGAGAUCAUACAGGAAGUCUGCUUCAUGAAAAAGCUGUCAGGUCAUCCAAAUGUGGUUCAGUUCAGCUCUGCUGCCUCCAUCAGCAAGGAGGAGUCAGACACCGGGCAAGCGGAGUUCCUGAUCCUCACUGAGUUGUGCAAAGGUCAGCUGGUGGACUUCAUAAAGCGAGUGGAGCAGAGGGCUCCCCUGUCAUGUGACACAGUGCUGAAAGUCUUCUACCAGGCGUGCCGUGCCGUGCAGCACAUGCACAAACAGAAGCCCCCAGUCAUACACAGAGACCUCAAGAUUGAGAACCUCUUGAUUAGUAACCAGGGCACCAUCAAGCUGUGUGACUUUGGCAGCUCCACCACAGUGUCACAUUACCCCGACUACAGCUGGUCGGCACAGAAGAGGUCCAUGGUGGAGGAUGAGAUCACAAGGAACACUACUCCAGCGUAUCGAACACCAGAGAUGAUCGACCUGUACUCCAACUUCCCUAUAAAUGAGAAACAAGACAUCUGGGCCCUCGGAUGCAUCCUCUACCUGUUGUGUUUCAAGCAGCACCCAUUUGAGGAGGGUGCAAAGCUGCAAAUCGUUAAUGGGAAAUACUCCAUCCCUCAGAACGAUGUCAAGUACACUGUGUAUCACGAACUCAUACGUUCCAUGUUAAAGGUGAAUCCAGAGGAGCGUCUGUCCAUCACAGAGUUGGUCAACCAGCUCCAGGAGAUAGCAGCAGCACGCAACGUCAACCCUAAGUCUCCCAUUACAGAGCUGCUGGAGCAGAACGGAGGUUUUGGCAACAACGGAGCCCAGCCGCCCACCCAGAUCCACAACGUUCACAACAAUGCAGGCAUGUAUGAUCCUGAUCAGUCCGGCAGCGGCAUCCUGGAUAUCUUAAGAGGAGGAACAGAGCGCUUCCUGACAAACAUAAAGGACACUUCCUCUAAGGUCAUCCAGUCAGUAGCCAGCUAUGCCAAAGGGGACCUGGAUAUUUCAUAUAUCACCUCCAGAAUAGCAGUCAUGUCUUUCCCAGCAGAGGGGGUUGAGUCUGCGAUAAAGAACAACAUUGAGGAUGUCCGACUGUUCUUGGAUUCACGUCAUGCUGGCCACUAUGCUGUCUACAACCUCUCCAAACGAUCAUACAGGCCUUCUCGAUUUCACAACAGGGUUUCAGAGUGUAAAUGGCAAGUUCGCCGUGCCCCCAACCUCCGCAGUCUCUACAGUGUAUGUAAGAACAUGCAUCUAUGGCUCAAACAGGACCAGAGGAACAUCUGUAUAGUGCACUGUCUGGACGGCAGGGCAGCAUCAGCAGUGGCAGUGUGCUCCUUCCUGUGUUUCUGUCGUCUUUUCACCACAGCUGAGGCUGCUGUCUACAUGUUCUCCAUGAAACGAUGCCCACCCGGCAUAGCCCCCUCACACAAGAGGUAUAUAGAGUAUAUGUGUGACAUGAUGGCAGAGGAGCCCAUUAUCCCCCACAGCAAACCCAUAGUUAUUCGCUCCAUCGUCAUGACACCCGUGCCGCUGUUUAACAAGCAGCGUAAUGGGUGCAGGCCAUUCUGCGAAGUCUAUGUUGGAGACGAGAGGGUCCUCACCACAUCACAGGAGUACGACAGGAUGAAGGAUUUUAAGAUGGAGGAUGGGAAAGCGGAGAUUCCCCUGAAUGUGACAGUCCAAGGAGAUGUACUGGUGGUGAUCUAUCAUGCAAGAUCUACACUGGGAGGACGUCUACAGGCCAAAAUGGCAUCAAUGAAGAUGUUUCAGAUCCAGUUCCACACAGGCUUUGUCCCCAGAAAUGCGACCACUGUAAAGUUUGCCAAGUAUGACCUGGAUGCCUGUGACAUUCAGGAGAAGUACCCAGACUUGUUCCAGGUCAACUUGGACAUCGAGGUGGAACCCAGGGAUAGACCCAGCACCAAGUCUCCUCCAUGGGAGGGCUUCCAAACCAAGGGCCUCAACCCCAAAAUCCUUUUCUCCUCUCGUGAAGAACAGCAGGAGAUCCUCAGCAAAUUUGGUAAACCCGAACUGCCUCGUCAACCAGGCUCCUCAGCAUUUUAUGACUCAGAAAUGUCCCAGCCAGCACAGACCCCAGAAAGCUCCAACGCAACAGAUCCAGAGUCUCCUGAGAGCACUGAUACCAACGCCAACAACUUCUUCCAGACACUGGAUUGGGAAGAUGUAGGCAGCCCUCAGGAUGCAACAGACAGUCAAGGGGGAGGAUCCCUGAAUGACCAAGAGGACCUGAGUGAUCAGUCAGAAGGAGAAUCUUACUCUUAUUCUGCUCCCAGUGGGGAGGUUCUGUCACGAGACCCCAGCGAACCACUGUUUGACGCAGAUUUCGAGACCUCCACUCCUGCAGCCCAGGACUCUCCUGCCAAUGACACAGCUGACCUCUUGGGGUUGAACGCUGACUCUGAACAUCCUCCAGUGUCCUCAUCAUCUUCCUCUUCCGCACCUCAUCAAGGAGCCCAGGGAGGUCUGAAAGCCUCCUCCAGCAACAGUGACCUCCUCAAUGACCUGUUUGCACCCCCUGGUGGGCAGACAGGAGCAGUGCAGGAAGAUUUGUUCUUCAGCGGGGCAACCAGCCAGGCCACACCAGACCCAAAACCCAUGGGCGACCUGUUUGAUCCGUUCGGGAUGGGGUCCAGCUCUGGCGUUGGCUCCAGUGUUGGUUCAUCACGUCAAGCAUCUGGACCGGACAUAUUUGGAGACCUGUUGGGUUCUGAUAGUUCUGCUACCAGUGGGUUUAGUUCAGCUCACGGUAACCCCGCCCCUGCCUCCAACACCAGCCUCUUCAACCUCAAUAAGAUAGUGAAUGAUGUUCCUAAGAUGACCUCAUCUGCCAGUCAACCAGACCUGCUGGGGGGCUGGGACAGCUGGGCAGCUGGCACAUCUGCUGGAAUGAACUCCACCGCCAGCAAACCCACCUACACCAACACGGCUUCUGGUACAUCAUCUAUGUCGAAGGCCAAGUCUCAGACCUUUGAUCCUUUUGCCGAUUUAGGAAACCUGGGCUCUAAUCUGCCAGGUUCCUCUAGCAGUAAUUUCUCCAAGGCUUCUUCAAAGGCUCCUUCCUCCUCCUCCUCUUCUGCCUCUACUAAGGUUCCAGGUCAGCCCUGGCAGUCUGGAAGACCUGUCUCGGCCCACAACAAACCCUGGAUGUCUGGAACCGGGUCUGCACCCAAAGCAACAGUAACACCAACACCCCAGCCUGCAGCUGCACAGCCCAGCAAACCGAACUACAACCUCAACUUCUCCAGUGUCAUUGGAGGAAGGGAGGAGAGAGGAGUUCGUGGGCCUGGAUUUGGGCCUAAGCCGAAGGUAAAGGAGGAUGAUUUUGGGGACCUGCUGUCAACUCAGGGUUUUUCCUCCAAGCAUGAUAAAAAAGGGCCAAGAACCAUUGCUGAAAUGAGGAGACAGGAGAUCACAAAAGACAUGGAUCCACUUAAACUACAGAUUUUGGACUGGAUUGAGGGAAAGGAGCGAAACAUACGAGCGCUGCUGUCAACUCUGCACACGGUGCUGUGGGAGGGUGAAACCCGCUGGAAGCCUGUGGGCAUGGCUGAUUUGGUGACACCUGACCAAGUGAAGAAGUACUACAGGAAAGCUGCACUGGUCGUCCAUCCAGAUAAGGCAACAGGUCAGCCUUAUGAACAUUACGCUAAGAUGAUCUUCAUGGAACUAAAUGACGCCUGGUCAGAGUUCGAAAACCAGGGAUCCAAAGCACUCUUCUGAAACCCCUGGUCUGGAUCCCAGCUAGACCAGACCAAAC